AUGGUUCUUAAGGGCAGCUGCAUGUGUAAGGCGGUGAAGUACGAGAGUAGUGAAGAGCCACAGGUGACGGCCCUGUGCCACUGUGUUGAUUGCCAGAAGGCAAGUUUUCGUCCUCAUCAUUGUCACGACGCGGGGAUUUUCAGAUGGAGCGGUUCCGCCUUCACCUCCAACGCCGUCGUCCCUCGCACCGCGUUCAAGGUCACCCAGGGUGAGCCCAAGUACUACGACAUCACCGGCGACUCAGGCAAGAAGAACAGGCACUUCUUCUGCUCCGGCUGCGGCUCCAGUCUGUACACCGAGCUCGAUCUCAUGCCGGACGUCACCUGCAUAAAGGCUGGCGGACUGGACGACGGGAAGGCGAGUCUCGAAGGAAAGCCUGCUGUCGAGUUUUAUUGCAAGGACCGCGUGUCGUACUUGACGGGCGUCAACGGCGCCGAUCAGAAGCCUGCGUUUUCUUAA